GUGGAAGGGCUCAACAGCUCAGCUCCUAAAAGAAGCACCUUAAGUAAGAGGCAUUUUAUAGUUGAGACUCUACAAGGAGGACAAAACACACGAUUCUUCGUCUCUCUUCACUUUUACACUCGAUGGGAUUCAGCUGUAAAAGUGCGGUUCUUGUUUUCAUCUCCGUUCCCGUCCCCCAGAUGACAGCGUGGGAAGCAGGGAAGAGUCAGGCGUGUCUGAUGUGACGCCAGCGGGCUCCGGGGGCACCACCUCACUACAAUGUAGACGCCAAAAACAGACGACAGAACAAGGAGGGAGAUAAGAAGCCACCGCGAGCAGAGAGAGGGACGCCGCGUGCUGUGAAUCAUUGACGUGGACCCGCUUGAGCCGCCCGGUGUCACCCGCUCCUCCCCCUCACCCCCCCCCUCCUCCUCCUGCUCCUCCCGCCCCCUCACACACACGGAAAGUUCUCACCCCCCCCACUCCGCGUCUCUCGGCUCUCUCGGGCCUCCCCGCUCUCCAAGCGCCAUGUGCCAUGUCAUCGUCACCUGCCGCUCCAUGCUGUGGACCCUGCUGAGCAUCGUGGCCGCCUUCGGCGAGCUCAUCGCCUUCAUGAGCACCGACUGGCUGGUCGGAUUCCCCCGCACCCCCGACGCCGUCUUCGGCCCCCACGGGGCGGCGGCGGCCGGGGAGGCCUACAGGCCGACGCUGGGCAUCUACGGCCGCUGCGUGAAGCUGCCCCACCUGAAGCGCCGGGUGCUGUGCGGGCCGUACGCCAUACACUUUGGGGAGAUCGCCAGCGGGUUCUGGCAGGCCACCUCCAUCUUCCUGGCGGCGGGGAUCCUGCUGCUGUGUGCCGUGGCGUUCAUCUCCGUCUUCACCAUGUGCUUCCAGAGCAUCAUGAAGAAGAGCAUCUUCAACGUGUGCGGGCUGCUGCAGGGGAUCGCAGGUGAGGGCACAUCUCGUGCUAUGUACGUUGGAGCGCCUGCUUCGGGUAAAGGGGUGGAAAUCUAGCUCAGCUUUGAGUUUACUUCAUCUGGUCAGGUGGUCAAACACCUUUGAUCACUUUUCGAUCCGGUCUAUCCGACGUCCCUUUAAGAUUUCAGUUUUUUUGUUGAGAAACUGCCACCCAAAUGUUCAGCUGAAGCUCUUCUGACUCUCAACUGGGCCUUAAAACCGGUUGAAGUUGAAGGCGCCUGCGUAUCUGCGUGUUUGUGUGCGAAAGGGUGUGCGUCCUUCUGGUUGUGGCCACUUUGACUCAGCGCGGUGAGCCGUGGAAGGGAGGAGGCCAUGAGAUCAUGACCGCCGGUUCCGCCUCCUCCUGCC